AUGUCCCAGUCCACUGAUAGCCAUCAGAUCAAGGGUGACAUAAAGAAAGCCUACGAUGAUAUUGCCAACGUCUAUCUUGACUGGACGCAACCCUCACAUCAACGGCGUCUUUCGUACGUCGAGUCCAUGCUUCAGUAUAUGGACCCUGCAAAGCAAAACCGCCAAAUGAACAUCUUGGAGCUCGGUUGCGGUGCUGGAGUCCCGUGUACGCAGCUUUUGUCGUCUCGUGGACACAGCGUCACCGCAAAUGAUAUUUCCGACGCCCAAAUUGCCCUGGCAAGAAAUCGACUACCUCCAUCCGUGAAUCUUAUCCCAGGUGACAUGAUGGAAUUGGAGUUCGCUCCGGAGCAGUUCGAUGCUGUGCUGGCCCUGUAUUCAGUUAUCCACCUACCUCGUGAUGAACAAACAACGAUGCUUCGCCGCAUUUUCCAAUGGUUGAAGCCUGGGGGACGGGUGCUCGCUAACUUCACUGCAGCUGAAUUUGCGAGCUCUACUGAUCCAUCUUGGUUGGGUAGCUCACAGGGAGCUAUGCAUUGGAGUGGGUGGGGCAGAGACGAAACAAAAAGAGUUCUCUUGGAUAUUGGCUAUGAGAUUGAAAUUGACGAGAUUUUCGAAGACUUGGAGGAACACGAUGGAGUUUCACAGAGCAUCGCGUUUCACUGGAUCUUGGCGAAGAAAUCCUAG